AUGUCAAAGUCAGGCAACCUGGCCGCCCUCUCGGCCGUUCUCAGUCCUGGAGAGACACCCACCAUAUACUAUGCAGAAGACCCUCCUUACCUUCCACGAAUACUCGUCUUCUACUUCCCGGUUCAAGCUGUUGGCUCACUAGCUUCGACAUCCCGCAUCCGGACCACCAUUCUCUCCGCGGCCGGCUUCAAAAGCUAUGGAGCCUUCUCCGUUGCUCCCAAUAGCAGUUACUACUCUGCAGUCCACAAGCUACCCGAGGACAAACAACGGGACGACGUCUACAGGGGCAUCGCCUUUGCACUUUGCAGGUACUUCUCUGAAGUCCCACCCGAAGUCAAGAACGCGAUAGAUGAAGAGAAUGCACACCAUGGAAUAGCCAUGAAGUGGGGACAAACGCAUGCAGCUCAAGUUACCUGCCGGAUGAGCAGGGUUAUCAAUACUGAAGAGAUCAUUGAGGCGCUGCGCCCAUUUUCCAAGGAGCGACCAUCGAGCCCCCAGACCCCCCUAAGGCCUCUAGCAUCGAUCAGGAAGACGCGGCCGUCGUUCUUGCCGCACGAGCCUAGUAAUCAUGGCACCAGUCGUGUCGGUCAGGCGUUCACGCCGUCAAAGAGAAUGCCCAGUGGACAAUCGAGGCGCACUCCGUCCAUAUCCUCUCCUGGACAUCGAAAAGCAAGCAGCACGCCCGACCCGAAGCACUCGGUUCAACAGUUAGAGUCGCUACGCUUCAAGAUGUGCGAGUUUGUGGAUACCGAAGAUCGAUACAUCACUCGUCUCCAGCAGUUGAUCGAGUUGGUUACAAACCAAGGGCGAACACCCAAGUCACUGAGCUCCAAGUUCUCGAGUAAAGGCAACCAUAAGGCCAUGAACGCUAUGCUUCAAUUUCCGUCGCUGUUGGAUCAGAUCAGGGACCUGAACAUUGCAUUCCUGGACGACAUCGAGACAGCAUUGCACAAUUCGGAGGAUGCUGCUAUAACUUUCCUGGACUCGGCUCAGUCAAAUCCACAGCUUCUGCAGAAUGCUAAAGAUCCCAUGGGCGUGCUCAGCUUUGCCAAGAUCCUUCUGGCACAUUUCCCAAAAUUCCCCAUGCCGUACAGAGAGUACCUCGACCUGCAUUCUCAGGUCUCAUCGAACCUCGACCAAUUUCUGAAAGAAGGCACGACAUCAAUCCAACAAGUACCGUCGCUGCUUAUGGAGCCAGCGCAACGAAUCUCGCGAUAUGGCCUUUACAUCGACAGCAUGCUUCCCCAUGUGCCCUCGAACUUCACCGUCGCCAUCCGUACGCUCGAAAAAGCCCGCAAGAUCAUUGCCGAAAUUUGCGAAAUGGAGCCCGCGGCAUCAACAAUCCUAGACUCUCUCCGCAUCGAGCAUGAAGCAAAAAAGAAGGGUCUCUCCCCCUCGAAACUCCUCUCCGGCCUGACAAGAUCGAACGGCACAAUCCGAGAAGCCCCCGCUCUGACGGGAAGUCUGAAAGAGCGCGACGGACCGCGCCUCUUCCCCAGCCUCGGUCGAAGUCUCAGCCGGCGCACGAAGACCACUCGACCGGGCCUCGCGACCAUCCUUGCCGAACAAGAUCCCGAACAAGCAAAUAACAUGCAGAUGCAGCCUCGAAACGACGAGAACAGGCCCCUCACCUCAUCAUCGGCGCUCUCCUUUGGAUCGGUCAAAAGACCGCCGACCUCAGGCUCCAGCAUCAGCACGACGAAUCGUUCAACCGCGAGUGCGAGCCCCGGCCCCAACAUGAGUGGACUGCUAAGCAGCAAGAAACUGCGCGUGCGGACUGCUCCUAGCGGUACGCCGGGUUUGCGAUCCCCAACGGAACCGCAUGGACAAACCCUCGGACUUUCUCAUCCAGCUUCAUCGCCGCCUAUCAAGGUGGGCAGUGAGCCGCAGCGAAGCCUAGAGCACUUGAAGGCCGAACUGAUGCGCGUCGAGGAGGAGAAUUACAAGCUCCUACAGGAGAAUGCCGAUCUGAAGAUGUCGAUCCGGGAAUGUACGUGUGGAGCGGCGCGGCGCUAA